UUGUAAUUCUGCAAAAAGAAAAAGAGACGAGGACGCAGAGCUACAAAUCCAAUUUAAUAAAUUUUGUUGAAGUUAAUACGUUAAAAUUUUGAUAGAACAAAUUUGCAAAGCAAGUAAGUGCUUUUUAGUAACACUGCAGUCCAAAAUACAUCGCUAGCGAAAUCGAAAACCAUGACUGGCGAAACCAAGCAGGAGAAACAGCUCCCGGGUGGCGCUGGUGCUGGCGGCGACCCAAAGGAAUUGAAGGCCAAGCAGCUGGCGCAAGAUGGGAAAGCUAAAAAGGAUGACGCAAAGGAGAAGGAACAGCCCGAGCUUUCCGAUGAGGAUCAGCAAUUGCAGGAGGAGCUGGAAUUAUUGGUACAGCGGCUGCAGGAGAACGACAAGGCAUUGUACAAGCCCGCAUUGGAAAUGAUGGCAAAAUUGAUUCGCGCUUCUACCACAUCAAUGACAUCAGUGCCUAAGCCUUUAAAAUUCAUGCGCCCCCACUACGACACCAUGAAGAAUGUCUACAAACACAUGCCUGACGAGCAGACGCGCCAGCUGUGCGCCGAUAUUAUCUCGGUGCUCUCUAUGACUAUGGGUAGUGGCAAAGAUUGCUUGGCCUAUCGCUUUUUGUGCGAUCGCACGCAAAAAAUUGGCGACUGGGGUCAUGAGUAUGUGCGUCAUUUAUCGGGCGAAAUUUCAACCCAUUAUCACGACACCACGGGUGAGUUUCGCACGCAGCUAAUUGAGUUGGUUAAACAGAUUAUACCGUACAACAUGGAGCAUAAUGCCGAAGCAGAUGCUUGCGAUUUGCUCAUUGAAAUUGAUCAUUUGCAUUUGUUGAGCGAAUACGUCGACGAGUCGGCAUAUCCCCGUGUCUGCCUUUAUCUACAGUCGUGUUACCCAUACGUCCCAGAGCCGGAUAAUACGAUAAUAUUGGAAACAGCGUUACAGUUGGCACGCAAAUUUCACCAGCACACACAAGCAAUGCGUUUGGCAUUAAUGCUCAAUGACAUGGGCAAAAUCGGCGAAAUUUUCAAGGAGCCCAAGGAACCGGCUAUGCAAAAGCAAUUGGCAUUUAUGUUGGCGCGGCAGCAGGUGUGCUUGGAGUUAGACGAAUCUCUGCCAGAUUACGAUGAUCUAAUGGAGAUUAUGUCUAAUGCCAACCUGAAUAAACAUUUCCUCAAUUUGGCUCGUGAGCUGGACAUUAUGGAGCCGAAGACACCAGAGGAUAUUUACAAGUCACACUUGGAUAAUUCACGUUCGCGUUUUGCGUCCAUACAGGUGGAUUCUGCCAAGCAAAAUCUUGCAGCCAGUUUUGUUAAUGGCUUUGUCAAUGCCGGCUUUGGUGUGGACAAGCUGCUUUCGGAAGACGGCAAUAAAUGGCUGUACAAGAACAAGGAGCAUGGCAUGUUAUCAGCCACAGCCUCGUUGGGUCUGAUCCUGCUCUGGGAUGUUGAUGGUGGUCUGACCAUGAUUGACAAAUACCUUUACUCCACCGACGAUAACAUCAAGUCGGGUGCCCUUCUUGCUUGUGGUAUUGUCAAUUGUGGAAUACGUAAUGAGGUGGAUCCGGCCCACGCGUUGCUUUCCGACUACAUUGAGAAUCAGAAUUCGUGCAUGCGUAUUGGUGCCAUCCUCGGUCUAGGCAUUGCCUAUGCUGGUUCCAAUCGGGCUAUUGUUAUUGAUACCUUGAAGGCUGUCUUUGCCAGUAAUGGCAAGACGACACCAAGCGUCGAGAUCUUAGGCAUUACUUCGCUAUCAUUGGGUCUAAUUAGUGUCGGCUCGUGUAAUGCCGAAAUCACGGAAAUAUUGCUGCAAACGAUAAUGGGUCUAACAAAGGCCGACUUGAAGGACACCUAUGCGCGUUUUCUAUGGUUAGGUCUCGGCUUGCUUUACCUAGGACGGCAGAAGUCUACGGAGGCGGUAAUGAUGACAUUGGAAGUGUUGGAGGAGCCAUAUCGCUCUAUGGCGACAACCAUGGUUGACAUUUGCGCCUAUGCAGGCACGGGCAAUGUGCUCAAGAUUCAACAGCUACUGCACAUUUGUUCCGAUCACUACGAGACGGUUAAUGCGGAUGAGGAGAAGGAGAAGGGAAAGAAAGAUAAGAGCAAGGAUAAGGAGAAGGAGAAGGAAAAAGAGAAGGAAAAGGAAAAAGAGCGUGAGAAGGAUCUCUCAGCCACGCAGUCAAUUGCAGUGCUGGGCAUUGCACUGAUUGCUAUGGGUGAAGACAUUGGUGCCGAGAUGGCCUAUCGUUCCUUCGGCAAUCUAUUGCGUUAUUGUGAGCCCGCUAUACGCCGUGCUGUACCGCUCGCUUUGGGCCUAAUUUCCGCCUCCAAUCCUAAGCUUAAUAUACUGGACACGCUAAGCAAAUUCUCUCAUGAUAGCGACGCUGAGGUCGCACACAAUGCCAUCUUUGCGAUGGGUCUGGUUGGUGCGGGCACUAAUAAUGCUCGUCUGGCUUCAAUGUUGCGCCAGCUAGCACAAUAUCACUCCAAGGAUCCUAGCAAUCUGUUUAUGGUGCGCAUCGCUCAGAGUUUGACGCACUUGGGAAAAGGCACUCUGUCGUUAAGUCCAUAUCACAGCGAUCGGCAGCUAAUGAAUCCGAUGGCCGUAGCUGGUUUAAUGUCCACAUUGGUAUCGCUGCUGGAUGUGAAGAAUUUAAUAUUGAAUCGUUCGCAUUAUCUGCUCUAUACACUGGUUCCGGCCAUGCAGGCGCGCAUGCUGAUUACGUUCGAUGAGGAGCUCAAUCAGCUGCAGGUCCCCGUGCGCGUUGGCAUUGCAAUUGAUGUUGUGGGCCAGGCUGGUAAGCCCAAGACUAUUACCGGCUUCCAGACGCAUACAACGCCCGUGCUCCUUGCCAUUGGCGAGCGUGCGGAACUGGCCACCGAUGAGUACAUCUCGCUGACACCCGUCAUGGAGGGCUUCGUCAUACUGAAGAAGAACCCAAAUUUUGUCAAGUAGAUACAAAUUAAUCAGAUGCAUUAAAUCUAUUGUUUAAGGCCAAGCGAGAUUUCCCAAUCCCUUGCAAAAGUGUAUCACCUAGUGUGGAAAUGAAUUAAACCGCUUAACUAACUGCUCCGUUUUAUGUAUUCGUAAACUUCAUAAAUACAAAUUACAUACUUAUAUCGAAACA